GGUUAAACAGACAGUAUCUCUGGUGGUAAGGUAAGGCUGAGGUUAAACAGACAGUAUCUCUGGUAGUAAGGUAAGGCUGAGGUUAAACAGACAGUAUCUCUGGUGGUAAGGUAAGGCUGAGGUUAAACAGACAGUAUCUCUGGUAGUAAGGCUGAGGUUAAACAGACAGUAUCUCUGGUAGUAAGGUAAGGCUGAGGUUAAACAGACAGUAUCUCUGGUAGUAAGGUAAGGCUGAGGUUAAACAGACAGUAUCUCUGGUGGUAAGGUAAGGCUGAGGUUAAACAGACAGUAUCUCUGGUGGUAAGGUAAGGCUGAGGUUAAACAGACAGUAUCUCUGGUGGUAAGGUAAGGCUGAGGUUAAACAGACAGUAUCUCUGGUAGUAAGGUAAGGCUGAGGUUAAACAGACAGUAUCUCUGGUAGUAAGGUAAGGCUGAGGUUAAACAGAUAGUAUCUCUGAUAGUAAGGUAAGGCUGAGGUUAAACAGACAGUAUCUCUGGUAGUAAGGUAAGGCUGAGGUUAAACAGACAGUAUCUCUCGUAGUAAGGUAAGGCUGAGGUUAAACAGACAGUAUCUCUGAUAGUAAGGUAAGGCUGAGGUUAAACAGACAGUAUCUCUGGUAGUAAGGUAAGGCUGAGGUUAAACAGAUAGUAUCUCUGGUAGUAAGGUAAGGCUGAGGUUAAACAGACAGUAUCUCUGGUAGUAAGGUAAGGCUGAGGUUAAACAGAUAGUUGCUCUGGUAGUAAGGUAAGGCUGAGGUUAAACAGACAGUAUCUCUGGUAGUAAGGUAAGGCUGAGGUUAAACAGACAGUAUCUCUGGUGGUAAGGUAAGGCUGAGGUUAAACAGACAGUAUCUCUGGUGGUAAGGUAAGGCUGAGGUUAAACAGACAGUAUCUUUGGUAGUAAGGUAAGGCUGAGGUUAAACAGACAGUAUCUCUGGUGGUAAGGUAAGGCUGGUAAAGGCUGAGUUAAACAGAACAGCACCAUAGACAGACAGGAUCCACCACAACCCAUGAGAACAGUAAUGGCUGACCAACAACCAUAUGGGAGAGGAGGAGGCCAUAGACUGUCUGUUAUCUCCCUGCUCUCUCUGACUUCACCUCACGUUGAGGUCCUCUGGCUGUGUUUCUCAUUGACCUGGCUGAAGAAUAAAUUAUAGAAACAGAGUGUGUGUGUGUGUGUGUGUGUGUGUGUGCGUCUGCAUGUGCGUGCAGCCGGUUUUAUACAUGUCUCUGGCCGAGGUACAACUGAACCGGUCCAUAAAACAGACGUUUAAACAUACAUGGAUGGAUGCUUUUGAACGCAACUCUGACCUGAAAUCUGUCAUGAGCAAUAAAAGCCCAAAUAAAUGAGUUCUAUUCCCUACCGACAGACAGCAACUACACUUGUGUUUGUACCUAUACUAUGCUGGUGUUUCCAUUGGAAUUCCACAAAGAGCAGCUGGGUGUGUUUGGCUGGGUGUGUAAAAUGGGGUGUUUCAGGUGGUGAAUAUUUCAGCCUGUAUGUAGGAGGGCAGACCAAUGACUCUUGACCUUUUACAGCCUGUUUCCUUUUGGUUUCAGCUACCAUGAUGUCUUAUUGAACCUUUGUCUGGCUAUGUGGUCUGGUCUGCUCUCUCCACCACCUCACUGACUCACACACUGAACAUGUGAAGAGGCCUGAAAAUAAGGAGAGGAGAGGAGGAGAAGAAUAGGAGAGGAGAGGAGAGGAGAAGAAUAGGAGAGGAGAGGAGAGGAGAGGAGAGGAGAGGAGAGGAGAGGAGAGGAGAGGAGAGGAGAGGAGAGGAGAGGAGAGGAGAGGAGAGGAGGAAAAUAAACUCCUGGUAGAGAGCCAGUACCUCUGAGUGGAGUUUAAGAGCUGUGUGAAGCUUCAAUUUCUUUUCUCUCUCUCGCUCCUGCAGCUCUAUUUUGCGCAGAACGAGGUAGGGAGGGAGGUAGAGAGAGGGAGGGAGGGAGGGAAGGAGGAGGAGGAAUGAAGUCUGUAGAUCUCUCUGGGAGACGGACCACUGGGCCAUGAGCAUCUCAGCAUCCUGUUUUUCCUCUUUCCCUCUUUCUUCCUCUUUCCUCUUCCUCUCUAUCUCCUUACAGGGGAUAUAGAGGCUGUCUUUCUACUUCUCUUUCUCUACCUCCUCCUCUCUCUCCCCAUCUCUCCUCCAUCUCUCUCUCUCUCUCUCUCUCUCUCUCUCCCAUCUCUCUCUCCCCCAUCUCUCUCUCUCUCUCUCUCUCUCUUUCUGCACCAUCUCUCUCUCUCUCUCUCUCAGUAUGAAUGAAGCCUGUUCUUGGCUGUGUGCCACUCUCUCUUCCUCUGUCCCUCUCUUCUCUCUCAUGUUGAGGAAUGUGGUGCUGACAUCUCUGUGUAAAGCCUGUGUCUGCAGCAUGUCACAGAGAGAGCACAGCUCUGUCACUCUCUUUAUUGGUUACACAUGUUCAGCUGUAGAACAGGAGCCAGUAGCUGCUGCUGCUGCUGGGGUCUCUCUCGCUCUCUCUUACUCUUCUCUGCCUUGUAUGCAGUCUUCCUCACAUCUCUCUUUCCUCCAACGCUCUCUCCUCCAGAGCUCUCCCUACAUCUAUCUCCUCCAGAGCUCUCCCUACAUCUCUCUCCUCCAGAGCUCUCCCUACAUCUCUCUCCUCCAGAGCUCUCCCUCCGUCUCUCUCCUCCAGAGCUCUCCCUACUUCUCUCUCCUCCAGAGCUCUCCCUACGUCUCUAUCCUCCAGAGCUCUCCCUACAUCUCUCUCCUCCAGAGCUCUCCCUACGUCUCUCUCCUCCAGAGCUCUCCCUACGUCUCUCUCCUCCAGAGCUCUCCCUACGUCUCUCUCCUCCAGAGCUCUCCCUACGUCUCUCUCCUCCAGAGCUCUCCCUACGUCUCUCUCCUCCAGAGCUCUCCCUACGUCUCUCUCCUCCAGAGCUCUCCCUACGUCUCUCUCCUCCAGAGCUCUCCCUACAUCUCUCUCUCUUGCUCUCUCUUGUGUACAGCAUACAGAGCCUUUGAGCGGACAAUCUGUCAGACAGCAGGAGAGCUGCUGCUGCUGCAGCAUCUCAAACAGUAAAUGCAUCGGCAACGGAAGGCAGGCCUCAUCAGCGCGUCACACCCCACUUUGCGAUGAGCUGGAGGCAGUAUGCAUUUUGAAAACAUAAACUUAAUUGUUUGAAGCCUGAACAGUUUACUAUGUAUUGUGAGGCAAGUCUUACCUUGCUUCCAAGUAGCCUAGCUGAAAUCAGACCAUAUUCGUGGAGGCAAUUAUUUAAUAUCAACUUUCUUUCAUUGUCCAGUAGCCAAAGGCACAAUCCUAGUCAUAUUAGCAACCCAUGCUAGUUGUUGCAUAUUAGAUCUCCCCUCUUUCUAAAUUCCCAACUGAUAUUUUCGUCUCUGCCACAUGAAACCGCUCGCAGGGGCAGCUGCCCUUUUGAUGACAAACAUUCGCGCGUAGCUUACUGCCUUGUGCUCAUUGCUGCGCUUAUAUUGUGAAGAACUAAUAGUUGAUCAACAUUUUAAAAUGUUCUGAUCUGUUGCAUCUGACUCAUCACUUUUAAACCUUUUGAAUGUAUCCUAGGCUUACUGGUUGUAUGAAUUUGGGAUCUAUUGUCCCACAACUGUUUGGAAUAGGCCAUUUCUUUCUCAACAAGCUGACCAAUAGAAUAGGUAAACCUUUCUACUAUGGGGGAUAGUAGAUUGAAAUUGGCUAGUGAUUUUGCUGUUCGUUACUUGUCUUGUUGGCUGAGGAAAAGUUCAAUGUGGACAGUUAUUCUAACAUCUUCAAAGUGCACAUGAUAAUUUGGAAGGACCGCACAUCGUUCAUCGUUGCACCCUCCACUUCUGUUAAUAUGAAUGACCAUCAUCUAAAUGGGAUUUCUGUCAUUCUGAGCACUGUGGGUGGACGCCCUAAUCAUAUGGGUCUGGUAAAUUUCUCAAAUGUCCGGUAAAUGAAAAUGCUGCCGGUCAAAUGUCCGGCGCCACAUUUUCCUAACAGAAACCCUGGUGUGUGUGUGUGUGUGUGUGUGUGUGUGUGUGUGUCAGUCACACUAAAAGAACCAUACUGCAUAAUCUAGGAUGGACACAUUAGAUUCCUUGCCUUCUGUUAGCAGACAUUGCCACAUUUGUUUCAUGUUAAUGACUCAUUAACAGAGUGCUGAGUGGCAAGUUCCCCUUCCUUUGUGUGUGUGUCGGCUGGGGAACACACACCAGUGAGAGCCACAGCUGGUGUGUGUAUGGUGACAGGGUAAAGGGAAGGACUCUGGCAGUCAGACACUAAGUGUGUGUGGGUGUGGUAACAAGGCGGCGUGAUGGUUGAUCUUGGUUGAUGGAUUGAUUCGGUGCAGGUGGACUUCUGUAGCUCAGUGGUUCACACACAUAUGUGGGCUGGGACUGCUCUCUUCAUUUUCUGCUGACCCACCAAAUCAACAUAAUGUUAAUAGCCUUGACCCUGGAGGCAUUUCCCAGUUCAGCUCUCCUCUUGCCACAGUCGCAGGUCAGUGAAGGGGGUAGUUGGUGAAUGGAAUGCUAAGAUGGGCUAGCUAGGUAGUCAAUGCAGGUGUAAGUACUCAUGACUAAUGCUCUGUACCAGUGUAUCAUGUUGGCAUACAGGGCUAAUGCUCUGUACCUGUGUAUCAUGUUGGCAUACAGGGCUAAUGCUCUGUACCUGUGUAUCAUGUUGGCAUACAGGGCUAAUGCUCUGUACCAGUGUAUCAUGUUGGCAUACAGGGCUAAUGCUCUGUACCAGUGUAUCAUGUUGGCAUACAGGGUUAAUGCUCUGUACCAGUGUAUCAUGUUGGCAUACAGGGCUAAUACUCUGUACCAGUGUAUCAUGUUGGCAUACAGGGCUAAUGCUCUGUACCAGUGUAUCAUGUUGGCAUACAGGGCUAAUGCUCUGUACCAGUGUAUCAUGUUGGCAUACAGGGCUAAUGCUCUGUACCAGUGUAUCAUGUUGGCAUACAGGGCUAAUGCUCUGUACCAGUGUAUCAUGUUGGCAUACAGGGCUAAUACUCUGUACCAGUGUAUCAUGUUGGCAUACAGGGCUAAUGCUCUGUACCAGUGUAUCAUGUUGGCAUACAGGGCUAAUGCUCUGUACCAGUGUAUCAUGUUGGCAUACAGGGCUAAUGCUCUGUACCAGUGUAUCAUGUUGGCAUACAGGGAUAAUGCUCUGUACCAGUGUAUCAUGUUGCAUACAGGGAUAAUGCUCUGUACCAGUGUAUCAUGUUGGCAUACAGGGCUAAUGCUCUGUACCAGUGUAUCAUGUUGGCAUACAGGGCUAAUGCUCUGUACCAGUGUAUCAUGUUGGCAUACAGGGAUAAUGCUCUGUACCAGUGUAUCAUGUUGGCAUACAGGGAUAAUGCUCUGUACCAGUGUAUCAUGUUGCAUACAGGGCUAGUCAGUCAUGUAGCUGGUUAGUCAAGUGGCUACUAGCCACUCAUUUACUGGGAGCCACCGGGGUACUGGAACGGCAUUGGCUGGUCCCCCAGCUCUGAAAACAGGAUGCAGCUAUAACAACAUCCCAUCUGUCAGCGAGGGCCCGGUCCAGAGAUGAGGGGCGAACAGAACACAGCCAGCCAGCUAGCCCCCCUAACCACAGACCAGGGUACCAGGGCAACAAUACACCCCUGUGUACCAGCCGGCCAAUAGGGACCUCUCUUACUGGAUUCUUUCCAGUCCCGCUGGUGUCUGACGGGUCUGACCAAUCCCAAUGGACCAUCAGACAGAGGCGGGGUUAGGAAGGGGUAUACUGACUUAUUUAGAUGUUUUACACAUGGGAGGGAGGGAGGGAGGGAGGGAGGGAGGGGUUGGGAUGUGGAAGAUGGGUUAUGUUGUCGUCAUCAUCAUGUGUUACCUAUCCCAGUGAUUCUCAACUCCGGGACCCAUCAAAUGCUUUCAGAACUCUUUUGUGGUCCACUAAAUUGAUGCAAUAGACGAGUCUCUUGCCCACAACCCCCAAUCAAGUCAUGAGUAACUUCUGUAGCGGUGCUACACAGCUCAACAUCUGAGAUGGUUGUAAAAUGUUAGAGGAAAUGACACCUGCUGUCCCCAGUCACUAGUGAUGUGGAGAGGGAGACUGGACUAGACUGAUGGGUCGGGAUAACGUCUGCAAAUAUGGUCCACAGCCUUCCCAUAACCACGUGUCUUUGAAAGCACCUCUCUGGUACUCAAGGCAUUAAUUCAUAGUGUACGGUGUCUUCAGACCCUCUUUUUUCUGUGUUGUGGCUCUCAGCACUCUGAAAAGAACUGGGAUUAUCUGUAGUGUCUGUCUGCCUGAAGUGUAGUGUCUGUCUGCCUGAAGUGUAGUGUCUGUCUGCCUGUAGUGUAGUGUCUGUCUGCCUGCAGUGUAGUGUCUGUCUGCCUGUAGUGUAGUGUCUGUCUGCCUGUAGUGUAGUGUCUGUCUGCCUGUAGUGAGUCUCUGCCUGUAGUGUCUGCCUGUAGUGUCUGUCUGUCUGCCUGUAGUGUAGUGUAGUGUCUGUCUGCCUGUAGUGUCUGUCUGCCUGUAGUGUAGUGUAGUGUCUGUCUGCCUGUAGUGUAGUGUCUGUCUGUCUGUAGUGUAGUGUCUGCCUGUAGUGUCUGCCUGUAGUGUCUGUCUGCCUGUAGUGUAGUGUAGUGUCUGUAGUGUAGUGUAGUGUCUGUCUGCCUGUAGUGUAGUGUAGUGUAGUGUCUGUCUGCCUGUAGUGUAGUGUCUGUCUGUCUGUAGUGUAGUGUCUGUCUGUAGUGAAGUGUCUGUCUGCCUGUAGUGUACAGUCGUGGUCAAAAGUUUUGAGAAUGACACAAGUAUUGGUCUUCACAAAGUUUGCUGCUUCAGUGUUUUUAGAUAUUUUUGUCAAUGUUACUAUGGUAUACUGAAGUAUAAUUACAAGCAUUCCAUAAGUGUCAAAGGCUUUUAUUGACAAUUACAUUAAGUUUAUGCAAAGAGUAAAUAUUUGCAGUGUUGACCCUUCUUUUUCAAGACCUCUGCAAUCCGCCCUGGCAUGCUGUCAAUUAACUUCUGGGCCUCAUCCUGACUGAUGGCAGCCCAUUCUUGCAUAAUCAAUGCUUGGAGUUUGUUAGAAUUUGUGGGGUUUUGUUUGUCCAACCGCCUCUUGAGGAUUGACCACAAGUUCUCAAUGGGAUUAAGGUCUGAGGAGUUUCCUGGCCAUGGACCCAAAAUGUCGAUGUUUUGUUCCCCGAGCCACUUAGUUACCACUUUUGCCUUAUGGCAAGGUGCUCCAUCAUGCUGGAAAAGGCAUUGUUCGUCACAUUUACAUUUACAUCAUUUAGCAGACGCUCUUAUCCAGAGCGACUUACAAAUUGGUGCAUUCAAUUUAUGAUAGCCAGUGGGACAACCACCUUUUUUAAAAUGGUGGGUGGGGGAAGAAGGAUUACUUUAUACUAUUCCAGGUAUUCCUUAAAGAGGUAGGGUUUCAAGUGUCUUCAGAAGGUGGUCAGUGACUCCGCUGUCCUGGCGUCGUUGGGGAGCUUGUUCCACCAUUGGGGUGCCAGAGCAGCGAAUAGUUUUGACUGGGCUGAGUGGGAACUGUGCUUCCGUAGAGGUAGGGGGGCUAGCAGGCCAGAGGUGGAUGAACGUAGUGCCCUCGUUUGGGUAUAGGGUCUGAUCAGAGCCUGAAGGUAAGACAGAUUCUCGCCACGCCACCUGGUAGGAGCGACCUGUCAGGUAGGACGCAAUCACCAAACUGUUCUUGGAUGGUUGGGAGAAGUUGCUCUCGGAGGAUGUGUUGGUACCAUUCUUUAUUCAUGGCUGUGUUCUUAGGCAAAAUUGUGAGUGAGCCCACUCCCUUGGCUGAGAAGCAACCCCACACAUGAAUGGUCUCAGGAUGCUUUACUGUUGACAUGACACAGGACUGAUGGUAGCGCUCACCUUGUCUUCUCCGGACAAGCUUUUUUCCGGAUGCCCCAAACAAUCAGAAAGGGGAUUCAUCAGAGAAAAUGACUUUACCCCAGUCCUCAGCAGUCCAAUCCCUGUACCUUUUGCAGAAUAUCAGUCUGUCCCUGAUGUUUUUCCUGGAGAGAAGUGGCUUCCUCGCUGCCCUUCUUGACACCAGGCCAUCCUCCAAAAGUCUUCGCCUCACUGUGCGUGCAGAUGCACUCACACCUGCCUGCUGCCAUUCCUGAGCAAGCUCUGCAUUGGUGGUGCCCCGAUCCCGCAGCUGAAUCAACUUUAGGAGACGGUCCUGGUGCUUGCUGGACUUUCUUGGGCGCCCUGACGCCGCCUUCACAACAAUGGAACCUCUCUCCUUGAAGUUCUUGAUGAAUGGUUGAUUUAGGUGCAAUCUUACUAGCAGCAAUAUCCUUGCCUGUGAAGGCCUUUUUGUGCAAAGUAAUGAUGACGGCACGUGUUUCCUUGCAGGUAACCAUGGUUAACAGAGGAAGAACAAUGAUUUCAAGCACCACCCUCCUUUUAAAGCUUCCAGUCUGUUAUUCUAACUCAAUCAGCAUGACAGAGUGAUCUCCAGCCUUGUCCUCGUCAACACUCUCACCUGUGUUAACGAGAGAAUCACUCUGGUCCUUUUGUGGCAUGCUGAAAUGCAGUGGAAAUGUUUUUUUGGGAUUAAGUUCAUUUUCAUGGCAAAGAGGGACUUUGCAAUUAAUUGCAAUUCAUCUGAUCAUUCUUCAUAACAUUCUGGAGUAUAUGCAAAUUGCCAUCAUCAAAAUUGAGGCAGCAGACUUUGAUUUUUUUUAUUUGUGUCAUUCUCAAAACUUUAGACCACGACUGUAUUCUAGUGUCUGUCUGUAGUGUAGUGUAGUGUCUGUCUGCCUGUAGUGUAGUGUAGUGUCUGCCUGUAGUGUCUGUCUGCCUGUAGUGUAGUGUAGUGUCUGCCUGUAGUGUAGUGUAGUGUCUGCCUGUAGUGUAGUGUAGUGUCUGCCUAUAGUGUCUGCCUGUAGUGUAGUUUCUGUCUGCCUGUAGUGUAGUGCAGUGUCUGUCUGCCUGUAGUGUAGUGUCUGUCUGCCUGUGGUGUAGUGUCUGUCUGUAGUGUCUGCUUGUAGUGUAGUGUCUGCCUGUAGUGUAGUGUCUGCCUGUAGUGUAGUGUCUGCCUGUAGUGUAGUGUAUGCCUGCCUGUAGUGUCUGCCUGUAGUGUAGUGUCUGCCUGUAGUGUAGUGUAUGCCUGCCUGUAGUGUAGUGUCUGCCUGUGGUGUAGUGUCUGCCUGUGGUGUAGUGUCUGCCUGUAGUGUAGUGUCUGCCUGUAGUGUAGUGUCUGUCUGUAGUGUAGUGUCUGCCUGUAGUGACUGCCUGUAGUGUAAUGUCUGUCUUCCUGUGGUGUAGUGUCUGCCUGUAGUGUAGUGUCUGUCUGUAGUGUAGUGUCUGCCUGUAGUGUCUGCCUGUAGUGUAAUGUCUGUCUUCCUGUGGUGUAGUGUCUGCCUGUAGUGUAGUGUCUGUCUGCCUGCGGUGUGGUGUAGUGUCUGCCUGUAGUGUAGUGUCUGCCUGUAGUGUAGUGUCUGCCUGUAGUGUAGUGUCUGCCUGUAGUGUAGUGUCUGUCUGUAGUGUAGUUUAUGCCUGUAGUGUCUGCCUGUAGUGUAGUGUCUGCCUGUAGUGUAUGUCUGUAGUGUCUGCCUGUAGUGUAGUGUCUGCCUGUAGUGUAGUGUAUGCCUGUAGUGUAGUGUCUGCCUGUACUGUCUGCCUGUAGUGUACUGUCUGCCUGUAGUGUACUGUCUGCCUGUAGUGUCUGCCUGUAGUGUAGUGUCUGCCUGUAGUGUAGUGUCUGCCUGUAGUGUAGUGUGCCUGUAGUGUAGUGUCUGCCUGUAGGGUCUGCCUGUAGUGUAGUGUCUGCCUGUAGUGUAUGCCUGUAGUGUCUGCCUGUAGUGUAGUGUCUGUCUGUAGUGUAGUGUCUGUCUGUAGUGUAGUGUCUGCCUGUAGUGUAGUGUCUGCCUGUAGUGUAGUGUCUGCCUGUAGUGUAGUGUCUGCCUGUAGUGUCUGGCUGCCUGUAGUGUAGUGUCUGCCUGUAGUGUAGUGUCUGCCUGUAGUGUAUGCCUGUAGUGUAGUGUCUGCCUGUAGGGUCUGCCUGUAGUGUAGUGUCUGCCUGUAGUGUAGUGUCUGCCUGUAGUGUAUGCCUGUAGUGUCUGCCUGUAGUGUAGUGUCUGUCUGUAGUGUAGUGUCUGUCUGUAGUGUAGUGUCUGUCUGUAGUGUAGUGUCUGCCUGUAGUGUAGUGUCUGCCUGUAGUGUCUGGCUGCCUGUAGUGUAGUGUCUGUCUGUAGUGUAGUGUCUGUAGUGUAGUGUCUGUCUGUAGUGUAGUGUCUGUCUGUAGUGUAGUGUCUGCCUGUAGUGUAGUGUCUGCCUGACAGAUUUUCCCUGAUGAAUUAGUAACACUAACACAGGUCCAAAUGGAGACCUAAAUGGAACAGGGUUGUUUCUGGUCCUCAGUCCUGUCUGAUGGUGGGGAGAUGUGACCUACUUACCCCAGCAAGAUAACACACUGGGGUGUCUGGAGAAAGGGAAGGGCUUAAUGGUGUACUGUGGGUGUGUGUGGUUCAGAUGGUAGAGCAUGUGUGGUUCAGAUGGUAGAGCAUGGCGCCUGCAACACCAAGGGUCGUGGGUUCGUUUCCCGCUGGGGGCCACCCAUACAUAAACAUGUAUGCAUGCAUGGCUAAGUCACUUUGGAUAAAAGCGUCUGCUAAAUGGCAUCAUAUUAACACAGGACUGUUGUUGUUCUGUGUGGGAUUAUAAAAAGGAUGAAGAGAGUCCUUUAUAGAAUGACUAGAUAUUAUAUGUGUCAGGUCAGCUCCUUCCAGGGGAACACUGUGGGAAGAUUGACAGGAUGGCCCUGAUAAAACAGAGUAACUAACAGGGAUUUGUGUGUGAGUUAGGUGUGUGUCUGUGUUGCGUGUUCUACAGUAUCUGCUUUAAUGCUGUCACAUCGAGAGGAGAGGAGAGGAGAGGAGAGGAGAGGAGAGGAGAGGAGAGGAGAGGAGAGGAGAGGAGAGGGAUGA